UCAUAUAUCAUCAUUCACAAUAUUGUUUCAACCAUUCUUCAGAGUUUCAAAUGUGUUGUCUUAAUUGAAUUAGUGACGUGCAUCGUGAAAGUCACCGCUGGUCCACUUCCUGUCCAGCUCUUCUUCUUCUGCGCUUUAAUUCAGAUGGUUUUACACCAGUCAGACUGGUGGUGCAGUGUCUCGGCUGUGCCGCAGGGGGCGCUGUGAGAACACGCAGUGAUGCUGUGCAGUGAAGAAGAAGAGUCAGGAGCCAUAAUAAACAGUCUUGCUAACAGGAGGUAAAAAAAAAACGCUUUCGUCUUGUUUAUCUUUCUUUUCCUCUGACGAACACAAUCUGUCAUUUCAUUCUUUCUCAAAUUAAAACGCACGCAGGAGAAUUCAGGCGUUACGUUGCGUUCCUGACGUUGUUCGUAGUGACGUACAGGCGCUGGCUGCUAGCUGCUAGCUGCACCGUUAGCUUGUUUACUCCCGGUUUGUCUUUGAUGUCCCCGGUCUCCGGUCCCGCGUGCAGACAUGGAGAGUUUGUACAAGCGGAAGAUGUUCGCGUCGAUGCGGAAAACCAAAGUGGACGCAUCGAAGAAGCGUCAGAUCGGCCUGCCCGCCUCCAUCCUGGACGACAGUGACGAAGGCUCCUUCUCCUCCUCCUCCUCCUCCUCCGGAUCGCAGUCCGACUUCCAGAGCUCCCCGGAGGAGAACAGCGAGCAGGGCCACCGGGACCGGAGCGAGUCCGGGACUGGCUCCAGCGACGACAGCCGCUCCGUGACCCGCAGGAAGCGCUCGUUCCUGGGAGGUGACGACAGCUCCUCGUCCUCCAGCCCCGGGGAGGAGGACGAUGAGGAGGAGGACAGGAGCCAGCCGAAGAAGACUGUGCAGCCCAGGAAGAGGAGCAGGCUGCAGCGGCAGGACGAGUCCGACUCCGACCAUGUGGAGGAGAAGAGAAGAGAGGAGGAGGAGAAGCUAAAGAGGAGACAGAGACACAACAAGCUGCUGGCGCUGUCCCGGAGGAUGAAGGCCAGGGUCCCCAACCGGAGGAGGAACCGUGUGAAGCAGGGUGAAUCCGACGAGGACGAGGAUGAGGCCCGUGGUGAUGAACAUGAGGACGGAGGAGAAAACAGUAACAAGAAAGUGUUGAGAGGAGGUAAUGAUGGAGGCAGGGAGGAGGAGAAGGUGGAGCAGGAAGAAGAGGAGGAAGAACAGCAGGAUGAGGAAGAAGAGGAGAACGAGGGAAAUAAAUAGAUCACAGAGUGGUGAAGAAAGGAGGAGUUUGAAUGUGAAGAACUCAGAAACUGUAGUGAUCUGAAAAUGGAUCAUAAUUCUACUUUUUUUCUUCCUCAGAAUGUCGGAGCGCUAAGAAUUGUUGUUACAAGAGUUUUAUGAUCAUAUCUUGUUCCUAUAUCAACGUAAGUCUUGUGACAAGCAGAGUACGAUGUCCCCUGUGGAGAGUAGAGGAGCCUGAAGUGAGCCUGAAACACUCUUCAUGUCUGCUGCUGCUGAUCUACUGACACAUGUCCAGUCAAAACUCGUUUCACUUAAAGCAACAUAAUGUAACAGUUACUGAGCAACAGCGCCCCCUGCAGCCACACAUGGUGAUUAACUCUGUUGGUCUGUGUCUGAGUGAUGAAGUGGUUUCAUGUAAAAACAAAGUCUAUCAAUGUGUUGAGCCCUGACUGUCGUCCCACUGAAACAAAUCCACCAAACCGUUCAGAGUUCUUCAUGUUUGAAAGUUUGCUGCUGAACAUUGGAGAUAAACUCUGGUUGUUAAGAACUGAUCUCAGUUCAGCUUCACUCUUCCACUGGAGCUGAUGGAGACUCUCAGUCACUUGUUCUCUCAGUAGAUGAACCCACUCAGCAGAGUGAGAGAACAGACUCAGGGAGCGAAGGAGGAAAUGUUCUCCACGUUCACACUCACACAUCAGACUCACUUUGAUCAAGCUGCUGCUUCAAGGUAGAAAAGUUUCAUCGUGUUGAUUUAAUGUCACUCGUCCCAAACAUCAUUCUGGAAGUUGACAUUUCAUAAAACACUUCUGUCAGUAGAUCAGCAGCUGCUCAACCGUUCAGACUGAGGAUUUCAGAGCAGCAGCUCUGUGACUCAUUUUUUACUGAUAAUGAGAAAGUCACAGUUAAUAAACUGUUUCCAUGACAACAAAAGAAGAGACAUCUUGCAGAACGAAAUCUCCAAUGAGAAAGCUUUGAAACUCUGAUGUCACAGGCUCAAGAUGGACAGUGACCGCUGAGGCUUGUGGGAACUGUAGUAUUUAGAGUCAGUCAAUAUACCCAGCUGUGUGUUCAGUUACUUCUCUGUUGUUUUUUUUCUUCCUCUUCAUUUACUUUUUCAUUUGAACUAGAGUUCAAUGUUUUUUAAAUUUCCUGCUCCUGCCUAUGUCAGCAGAAGAUUUAAACUCAAUCAAGUCAAACACUUUACAAUUUUACAAUUUUACAGUUUUUUGUCCACUCACCUUUUCUCCAUUAUAGUUUAAAACCAGCAAAGUGUGUUUUGGGAGUUUUGUCCAUCGCUGCUUGAGUUUUACGAAUGACAAUGAAGUGAAUCUGUUUUGGUUUUGGACUGAAAACCAGAGAUUUGAAGACAAAGAUAUUCUUUAUUAUUUUCAUAGCCUAAAAGAUUAAUAUAAAAACAUUUGAUGAGUCUGAGAGCUAAAACUCUACAGGAGUGUUUGUUUGACCUCAGCUCAAACCUUUGUGAACAGUGUGUUGUAAAGAAAAAGAAUGAAUGAAGACCUAAUAUGUGGUCGAAAGCUCAAGUACAUUAAACAGCUCAAAAAAUAAUCUUUUAAACCCACUUUGAUCCAAAUCUCUUCUUUUAUCCUCAUCGCACACACACACAGCGGAGAGGAAACAUGGACAGAACUAUCAAAAUAAGAUUCAGACUGGAAAAGAAACAAUACAAGUUUCUUCAGAGAUUCUGGACUUAACUUUUAAAGGCAGACAACUGAAAAUUAGCUGUUUACUUUUUGCACUCGAUGAAAGUUUUUUUAAUUAAAUUGGUCAAACCAGUUUUGUAAAUAUCAUCAUGUUAGUGUGUCAGAAGAAGACAUUGUGUUUCUUGGGAGUUAAAACUUCUUUUUGAACUUGUUUUAUUUCUUUCUAACGUCUGUUUCAGUGACGCAUCAUGUGCUCAUGUACAAACUCAUCAGAAGUUCGGUCUUUCUUCCUUCCCUUGUUUCCUCCCUUCCUUUAGUCUUACCUUCCUUCCUUUCCUCCUCACAAUGUAAUGCAGUGUUAAAACUCACCACAUUUAUUAAAGACCAGAAAUAAGCUGCAGUUUUCAGUGACUGAGCCUGCAGAUCUUUUUGAAGACUUUGUGCUGGACUCACUACAGUUUGUUUUACAGUAUCAUGAUGACACACACGUAUCAUGGUUACAUAUAAGUGCUGUGUAUUUUCCAGUGUAUUCCUGGUCUUGUUACUGUGUAAUGCUCUUCAGACCAAACCUUCUCUGUUGAAAACCUCGGUUUUAUUAAUAAAGUUUCCUUUUUAAAGGUUAUUUGUUGAAAAUCAUCACAUCUUCACUUUGGCAGCAUAUAACUACAUUUCCCAUGAUUCCGUCUGCCAUAUUUCAUUUUGUUAAUGUUGUAAAACCUGAUGCACAGUCGCCUCAGGACAGGAUGUUUGCAAAUUCUCUCUUUCUCUUUCACCCUAUCUUUGUGAGCAAAGCAA